GCAGAAGGAUUGACGAAAUGAGUUAAACCGAAAAAACAUAUCAUUCUCAAUAUAAGUGAAAUCCACGAAAAGACAGGACGUGGCGCAUCUGGAGCCAGAAGUUUAACGAUUUGCCUUCCUGAAGCUUCAACAACUUUUUCUUUCCGACGAUGAACAUACUCGCAUUGUCUUUGCAAUGCGAGUAUGAGUACGAUCGUCAACAGGAGGAACAGAAGGUGGUUGUCACCAAGGAUUAUUAGUCUGUCCAACAAUCAUGGCUGUGAUUUACGGCUCCUGCAAAACAGCAGUUUUGCCGAGCUUUUUCUACCAAGCCUUGGACUCUCCUCCCCCUCAACGUCGCAAUUCGACUCCCUUUGCUCAUUCACCUAAAUUCGCUCGACGGGCUUUCAUGUCUCUUGGUUUAAGCUUGUUCAUGUCUGGGCAAUCUUGGGAGGCUCAAGCGAUCGAAGAUGUUGGGUUGAAGAACGGGCAGCUGCGUAGCUGUGACGGGGCCACUCCCUGUGUAUCAACCUCUGCCUUCCGAAGUCCCAGUCGCUUCAUGCCGCCUUGGUCUUACUUGAAUUCCAAGGACAAAGCAUAUGACGAACUCUUGAAGGCUUUGCAGAGAAUGGGAGCACAAAUCGUAGUAAAGGACGACGACACGUACAUCUAUGCGACAAUAGCUCAGCCGAAUGACGUCGACGAUGUCGACGAUCUCGAAUUUCUGUUCGUCGGCAAACAAGUUUGUUACAGGAGUCGCUCGAGAAAGAAUGCUCCAGAUCCGCCAUUCUGCUGGUGGCCGGGCUGCAUAAACGGCCCGAAGAACAGAGGGCGCAUGGAAAGGCUGCGCGACGAGCUGGGCUGGAUUCCCAUGGAGACCGACGAGGAGAAGGUUUGGGUCCCGCUGCUCUUGCACUGACCACGUCGUCCUCCUCCGCCUCGGGCGACGAAGCAACGCCACCAUAGUCGCAGUCCAACCUCUACGGAGGAGUUGCGACCACGGUGGCUUUCUAUGGUUGGCCUUCUGGGCGGAGUGGAUGCUCUGCCAAAAGCCCUUUCCAUGUUCUUCAGCUCGAGGUGUUGUGGUGGAUGACAUAUCUCCUCUGAUCGUUUAUAUGAUAUCCUUUCCUCUGUUCUGGCCCGUGACUUUGACUUUAGAGGUCUAAAGCUUCCUUCCUUAUUUUUUACUAUAUCAUCCGAUUAGGACUUUUUAUCGCCAUGGAUCGACAUUACUUAAUUUGUGCUCGUUCGUUGGAAGGAUGCUUUCGUUUUCUGAGGGUUUCUUGGUCUUUGUUACUUUGUUACUUUGUUUUUUCCUCUUGAUGGCCUCAAACGGUUGUAACUCUACUCACUCAUAGUACGACAAGUCUUACUAACCAACCUCAUGUUUAACAUGUAGACAAAAGAAGAGAGAUGUACUUUAAUUACCACAAUG